UACGUCCUCCUCUUGUUACGAUUAUGAAGACAGAGAAACAGUAAAAACACAGUGACUCCCUCACCGUGCAGCACAUCUCAGUGUGAAGAACGAACCACACACUUUCCAGAGCUUCAGAGAGAUUUAGUAUUACUUCUGUUCUCCGCUUCCCGCCUCACUCUGUUUCAGCUGUCAAUCACAACUAUCGCACAUCAUCAUGGCCGAGUCUGCCGAGGCUGCGGCUGCCAAUGUGAGCAGCAAGAGAAGCGCCACCAUAGAGAUCACCAAUAUGACAAACAACUACUGCCUACUCAACCCAAAAGUCUAUCUGGAGAACGGUGAAAUCUCCAACCCACCUCAGCCCACCGUGCGCCCCCAAAAAACCGAAGUAUGCACCUUCGGCAAGUUGGCCUCCAAGACCACCGGCAGCGUGGGGGUCAUGACCUACGACCUCUUUGAGCGACAAAAAAAUGACUACAUUGAGACCAUGGCCAUCAUGUUCUCUGUACCCUGGGACUACAACUUGUAUAAGAAUUGGUUUGCAGUGGGCAUCUACCCAAAAGGGAAGGAAUGCGAUCAGGCACUUUAUAAAGAAAUGUAUUAUCAGAAGAACCAGCAGGGCUUUGUGAGGAAGGAGGCCAGUGGGUCAGGUAUUAACCAUGAAGGCAGUUACCUGGACCUCAAGGCCACCAUGUGUCCUCUGGCCAGGGCCAUCAUAAAAGUGGAGGUGUGGGAUAAGCUGUUUUCUCCUAUGGGUCAGCAGAUUUGCUGAGAAAAUAGACCAGUCGAUCAUACUGUAAUAUUGUAUCAAAACCACAGCAUCUGUUUACUGUCACAGUUAUUUUGAGGUGCUUCUAGUUAAUUAUAGCAUAGAUUUUUCCCUAUACAGUUACCAGAACAUUACUUAUGUUAUUUACAAGCUCUGGCAUGCAUGUUUGAUCUGAAUUUCGUAAAAUGAUCUAAAAACGUCUAAAAACUAGAACUUAAAUCUGUUGCCGAGCUGUCCCGGCUCCUUCUGUCAGCAGAACGCUUUAGAUGUGUGUUUACAGGUUGCUUAUGCUUACUUGAGGCUAAAUCCGCUCUCACAUCAGUCAGCCAUUGUUGUGUUGUUAUUCAGUCCAACCACCUUUAGGUGAUUUUCAGUCCCUCAUCAGGGCAGAGAUCCCUCUGAAAAAUAUACACUGUCUGUAAUGAUUGGAGUAUUCUUCAAAUAAAAAAAUUCUGCAAUUUCA